AUGCCUAUGUGCAAAGAAUACUCUGAAACGAUUCUUUCAUUGUAUAAGCUAAAUACAUUCGAUGACGAAGUAAUUGAUAAGAUUUGCAAUGAUAUCACAAAGAAUUUGAUACAAACAAAAUAUUUUACGCCAAUUCAAAUAAUAUCGAAAAUUUGCAAAAUAUGCAUUUAUAAUAAUCGUUUCAUUAAAUCAUAUUGGAAAAUUUUCAAACAAAUUUUUGACAAAUUUCAUCCCAAGCCAAAAAAUGAUAUUGGAUAUAUUUACGACUACUUUAUCCAUUGUGAAUCUGGAAUUCAUUUUAAUGAAGAAGAUCAAAAAUAUUUUGAACAAAACAGACCUUCGUACGAUAUCCCUUAUGAAUAUUCGAUCUACAGAGCAAUGAUGGAUGAUGACAAGAUAUCCUUUAUACAGUUUAUUGAAAGAAAUGAUUUUGAUGUUUAUGAAAAAAGAAGAUGCAUUUUUUAUCCACUAAGAGAUACAUAUGAUCAUAACGAUUAUUGUGAUGACUAUUCAUUACUUGAAUUGUGUUGUUAUCAUGGAGCUGCGAAAUGUUUUAAGCUUCUAAUGACAAAAUUCAACCCAAACAUCACUAGGCAAUGUCUUCAAUUUUCAUUUUUGGGUGGAAAUCCAGAGAUUAUGAAUGAAUGUUUGAAACAACUAGCACCAGACGAAAAGUGCAUGAAGUAUGCAAUUAUUUCACAUAAUAUCGACUUUGUAACAUUUUUAAUGAAUGAAUAUUCAUUAGAAAUUAAUCUGGAGUUGUGUCGCAAAUACAAUAAUAUCGAUGCAUUUUUAGUUUAUUUGGAUCAAACAAAUGAUAUUAACAAAUGUUUUGCUUUUUCACCAUGCUUUUGUAUUCCAUCUCUUUGCGAUUAUUUGCUUACACACGGUGCAAAUAUUGAUGCAAAAAGCUUAGAUGGAAUAAACUAUAAUAGGGAUAAAUAUUUUAGUCAUGCAGCCCUUUAUUAUGCAUUAAGGUAUGGAAAUGAAAAUGUUCUGGAAUUAUUCAUUUCAAAAGGUAUAAAUAUCUAUGAAAAAGAUCAACAUGAAAGAUCUGCACUUCAUAUUGCAGUAAUAUUCAAUAGGCUAGAAUUAUUGAAGAUUCUUUUGCCAUAUUUUGAAAACAUUAAUGUUAAGGAUAAAUUCUCGAUGACUCCUCUUUAUUAUUCUGUUGUAAUGAAUGAUAUACAAUCGACAAACUAUCUUAUUUGUAAUGGUGCUGAUAUCAAUACAUUAGACAAACAAAAAAGAACGCCUCUUCAUAUUGCAUGUUCAAACACUAAUUACAUAUGUGUAGGAUUCCAUUCAUAUGGAGUAGUUGCCAACAAAUGUGAUAUUGUAAAAUUGCUUAUUCAACAUGGAGCAGUAUUAAACCUCAAAGAUCAGUUUGAUAGAACAGCUCUUUACUAUGCAUCAGAAUCCCAAGAUAUUUCGGCAUUACUUAUAUCAAAUGGGGCAAUAUAA